CGCGGCGCGCGCGCGCCGCUUCCAGGUUCAGUUUCAGGGUCCCGCGGGCGCCCCGGUCCUGGGGGCUGGGGGCGGGAGGAAGGGGUCCCCCCCAGGGCCUCAGCACUUUCUGGGGGACCCCUGGAGCUCCUCCUCCCCGCCAGGAAGAGGAUGGGCAGCGGACACAGCGGACUGAACUGCUGUCACCCCCAAAAAAAGAGACACCAAGAAGUCAGUCAGCCUCCCCAUCCAGAGCCACAGGAACUGGGUCCCCUCCACAAGGAUGCAGCCACAACUGUCCAGCUGUGUGUGUCUGAGCAAGUCCAACAGCACCAGGAGGACAUAACCAGAAUUCUCCAGCAACAUGAAGAAGAGAAGGCAAAAUGGGCUCAACAGGUGGAGAAGGAGAGGGAGCUAGAACUUCAAGAGAGACUGGAUGAGCAGCGAAGCACCCUGGAGGGAAAGCAUGAAGAGGCCCUGCAAGUCCUCCGGGCCUCCUAUGAGAAGGAGAAAGAAGCCUUUACCCACUCCUUCCGGGAGGCCAAAGCUGCCCUUCAGGACACCAUAGCCAGACUGACCUCACAGCUGGAGGCCUUUCAGGCCAAGAUGAAGAAGGUAGAGGAGUCCAUUCUAAGCCGGGACUAUAAGAAGCACAUCCAGGAUCAUGGGAGCCCCAGCCCAUUCUGGGAACAAGAAGUGGAGAGCUUGCACUUUGUCAUCGAGAUGAAGAAUGAGCGGAUUCAUGAGCUAGACAGACAGCUGAUGCUCAUGGAAACAGUGAAAGAAAAAAAUCUGAUGUUAGAGGAAAAAAUCACGACUCUACAGCAAGAGAAUGAAGACCUCCAUGUCCGAGCUCGGAACCAGGCAAUGGUGUCAAGGCAACUCUCAGAAGAUCUCCUUCUAGCCCGCCAGGCCCUAGAGGAGGAGGCACGGAUAAGGCAACAACUACAGCAAGAGAAGGAAGAGCUGGUGUACCGGGUUCUGGGGGCUGACGCCUCAUCUACCUACCCGCUGGCCUCUGUCACUCCCACAGAAAUCUCCUUCCUGGCCACAUAGCAAGCAGGACAUGAGCCCGCCAUGAUGCCUGUGGCCAUGCUGCUUCCUUCCAGAGACUGUGGAGAAGACAGCAGGGCCUCUCAGGUUUCUUCUCAGGAAGGAACAGGAGGCAGGGGAGUCUGGAAAUAAGCAUACCCAAGGAGCCUUGGGGAUCUGGGGUCAUAAAAACAUCCUUUGGGGGAGCUUUGGAGACCCUAAAGAGUGUUGCUCAUCCAGUUGGCUGAGGGAAUGAGCAAGGAGAGUCUUUUCCUCUCAGACCCUGCUCGCUGCCCAAAUCAGACCACUCUGAGGUCACCCCACACCUGACAAAGAGGCGGCCACCCCAGCUCCAGCUUGUCAGUUUUGCUGUCUAUGCACCUGCUUGUCAGUUUCCUCCAGGUGUUUCCACAUCUGCUCUGGCUCUCAGCCUCAGUUUACCCCUGCUCUAAGACAGUUGAGGUUGACUGUCCAAUGACUCAAGUCACUCCAGGACCUUCUGAAGGUCAGACUGGGAGUUAAAGGGGGAUUCCACAUCCUGGGGGUCAGAAGGGAAAGGUGAGUAGUUGAGAGGAGGUCCCUUGCAGGUUUGGGGGCUGGCUGGCAGGCACCCUGUAACCACUCCUGAUGCCAGAAUGGUCAGCUCACCGGCAGUAGCUAAGCCCCCACUGCCUUCGCCAGGCCUAUAUCAGCCCUCAGCCUUCUGAUUCCUCCAGUCUUCGUGACAGCUGGAUCCAGGGAUCAGGUUAAUGAGACUGUCAACAGGCUGAGCUGAAAUCUCAUUUUUGUGCAGAUUAGGAGAGCAGAGCACAGACUCUGCCAAGUCAGGACCGGAGCCUCCUCUGCCCUCCAGGGCUUUUGCUGCUUCUGAUUUUCUUCCAGGCCCUGGGAAGGUCCAUCUGACCUAGCUUUUAUCUACCUUCCUCUACCUGCCAGCCUAUCCUCUAGUCUCUCUUCUACCCCUAUUCUGUGCCUUCUCCUCCUCCAGCCACCUGACCCAGGGCCCUGGACCCUGGGCUCACACAGGGCUCUCAGCCUCUCCCCAUCGGUGAAUAGGGAUGGUGGCAGUGACUGACCUCUCAGUCUGUGGAUUUCACAUCCUUCUCAGGAACUUCAGGUCUGCUGGAGACUGUAAUUACCCUACUGUAACCUCUGCCCAUAGCAUUGUCAUCCAUGGUGGCUCACGCCUGUCAUCCUAGCUACUCAGGAAGCUGAGAUCUGAGGAUCAAGGUUCACAGCCAGCCUAAGAGGAAAGU